UUUUUCACCACCACCACCACCAACUUUUAAUCACACAACAUGUCCGGCCGAGGAAAGGGUGGCAAGGGUCUCGGAAAGGGUGGUGCUAAGCGUCACCGCAAGAUCCUCCGUGACAACAUUCAGGGUAUCACCAAGCCCGCUAUUCGUCGUCUUGCCCGCCGAGGUGGUGUCAAGCGUAUCUCUGGUCUCAUCUACGAAGAGACCCGUGGUGUCCUCAAGAUCUUCCUUGAAAACGUCAUCCGCGACUCUGUGACAUACACUGAGCACGCCAAGCGCAAGACUGUGACAGCACUCGACGUCGUCUACGCCCUCAAGCGAUCAGGGCGAACCCUCUACGGUUUCGGCGCAUGAUCUCGUCCUGUCUUUUCUUCGCUUUCUCGUCCUGCAUUGCAUUGUUUUCUCCUCUUCACUAUCAUUAUUUCAUUGGGCAUUUGUAACAUCCUGGUGUAUUGUACAAUAUCUAAUCGCAUUCCCUGUACAUCAAUCUUCUCCCGUAUACUACGUGAGAGAUUCGAAGUCUGGUCAUUUGUCA